UAAGCUUUAUAAUUUAAGGGUCAUAAAGCUUGAGCCUAUUAUCUACUAAAAUUAUGUAAGAAGCUGCAAGGAUGACUUUCACAGCUGUUUGGGUGAUGUUAGUGUGUAUACUACAAACAUCUCAAGUCCUAUGCCAGGGAAAUGCAUGUCGAGAGCUCCUCCUUAUUGGUGGGAGAUACAGAGUGGAGGAUGAACAGUUUACGGCCAGUUCAAGCUUCUCUGAACACUACCUUCCCCACGAGGCUAGGCUGGGGGGAACUUCAUGGUGUGCAGAAAGUAGUGAUACGGAAAACUGGAUUCAAGUGGAUUUUGGAGCAGAUGUCAUAAUUCAAGAGUUACUGAUAGGAGGAAAUGGAGGAAAUACUGUAUUCUACGUCAAUCAGUACAUACUAGAGCAUGGUCCUAACAGUGACCAGUUGAGCAGCAUUCUCCAAGCUAAUUCCACUGACCCGAUGGUCUUCACUAGACCAGACUCCCCCGAUGCCAGCAUCACAGUCCUACCCACCCCCCUCACCACCCGAGUAUUGAGGAUUGUCAGUGUGGUUCAUUCUGGAACAGAACCUUGUCUGGACAUGGAGGCAAUCGGCUGUGUCCUAGCUCCAAAUACCACACAAAAUAUAUCAACAAACCUCCCCCAACAAACAGAGGAUGCUAUGUCAGGAGCUAUUGUGGGAGGGGCAGUGGGUGGAGCUACCUUCGUACUUGUGAUCUUAAAUGUCAUUUUCAUCAUACUAGUUGUGUGCCUACUAGUUAAAAGGAAUAAGGAGAGAAAUAUCAGAACUGAGGCCAUGACAGGAUCCAAUACUGUGCAGAUUGCCAAAAAUGAUACAAAUUCAGAAGAAACCCGGUCUCCCAAUACCCUAGAAAACAUGGGUGAAGUUUCAGAACCUACGGCAAUAGCCUACGAGCCAAUUACGAUUACAACUUUAAAUCCACCCACCACGUAUGAAAGCAUUAACACCCCCAACCUCGAAUAUGCACAAGUAGAUACCAUGAACAGUGGCUACAGCAAUGCGGAGGAGAGGGAUGAUGAUACGACUUACGGGAAUUUGGUGGAGAAUGGAGCUACUAGUUUACCAGAGGCAGAGGAUGGAUACGAACCUAUGUGGAUGUGACAUGUGCUCUCAAGUUGGACAUAAUGAGAAACAUUCUACUGCUUAUAAUUAUUUUUUCAGUUAUUGUUUAACUAACCAUGCAUUCUCUGCUUAAUAAUUAUACCAAGGCUAUAUAGACAUGGCCAAUAUGUACGAAACUAUUGGGAGUUCAAAUGUUAGAGCUUCAAGCACGCCAUACAAAAGUGUUGGUAGCCCCCUAUUGUACACAUACGCUAAUGUGAACACGUCUAUAAAGGUUGUGUUGCCUAGCAAUGACCAACCCGUGACAUCCAGUGAGAGCAGUCAACAAAGUAUGGACAGUAAACACGAUAUAGAGACCU